CUGCUGUUCACCAUUCGGAAAGUUCCUGCCCUGGUUCCCCGAGCAAAUCCCCCCCAAACCCACAACACGCUGGUCGCCUCGCCACCACAUUUCCGCUCUCUCGAGCAAGGGCAUGGGAGAGAGAUGGCGAACAUCUGGGAUCACGUGCUAGACGGGUCUCUCCAAGGCGUUGGGAGCAUGCUCGAAGACGGUGUCCCCGUCGACUCGAGAAACAGCCUUGGAGAGACCCCGUUGCACCUCGCGGCACGACACGGGCUCGAAGAGAUGGCGACGGUCCUGAUUGAUGCCGGCGCAUCUGUUCAUCUCAAAGACUGGGAAUCUGGCUGGACGCCGUUGCACCGGAGCCUCUAUUUCGGCCACAUUCGGCUCUCGCUUCUGCUCUUACAAGCUGGAGCUCUCCUGGAUGGCGGGAGAGAUCAACCUGACCGAGACUACCGGCAGAAGCAUCGUGCUCGCUCCCGCUCCGAGUCGGUCUCCUCGACAGGAAAAUCCCGCAGCGGAACAAGCGCUCGUCGGCGCAUCAACGACGGUCUCGGAGACUUCGAGGGAAAUAGUCCUUUGGAUGUCUUGUCGCUUGAGCUGCGCAAUCAUCUCAAAACCGCACGCGAGAGUGGUGUCGGGGGUGAUGUCUUCAGCUUUGGUAAGGCAGACUUCACUCUCGGGUAUGAUUCCUUCGGAAGGGCGGACAUCAUACCGCCUAGACGGGUGGAGUCUUUGGCCAACCUCCACGUCACGCGGGUCGCUGCUUCAAAGCACCAUUCAGCUGCCGUAACCGUGUGCGGGAAACUGUUCACGUGGGGACACGGCAAGAGCGGACGCCUGGGACACGGGAACGAGGAAGUGUGCAUGCUGCCGACUCAGGUAGAGGGGCUGGCUCACCAACCAGUGACGGACGUGGCCGUCGCGGAAACCCAUACCGCUGCGCUUACACGCGAAGGAGAGCUCUACACGUGGGGUCGCGAUAGGUUUGGCCAGCUGGGUCAUGGGUCAGCAGGAUCGAGCGGGAGAUUCGCCCCGAAGCGGGUAGAGGGUUUGCGAAAGGUUACCGUGGUCGCUGUUGCCGCAGGCACGGAGCACACAGCGGUCGCCACAAGUUCUGGACAUUGCUACACAUUCGGGCGGAACAACCACGGACAGCUGGGAUUGGCCGGCGUGAAGGAAACGUGCGCACCUCGCGUCGUUUCCUACCUUGCAAGCGGCGCUUCACGGGGUGCAGGCGGAGUGGGAAGACAUGUUAUCAAGGUGUCGGCGUCGGCUCGAAGCACGGUGGUGGUUACUCGCGGGAUUGACAGAGGGUCAGGCCUUCAAACGGUGAAUGAGGUUCACCAGUGGGGGCACGGGAGCCCAGUCCCGAGCCGCGUCAGUUUCAACAGCGCCAAGGAUGCUUCUCCAUCCUCGCGAUGGCAGACGCACGAUGCUCGGGUCGAUAUCGUGGACGUGGCCGCCGCACGCUGCCACAACGUCGCGCUCGACCGAGUAGGGAUGGUGUUCACGUGGGGAUUCGGCGCGGACCACCUAGGUCUUGACCCCAGAGAGACGCGCACGGCGCGUGGCCCCCAACUAGUGGCAGCAAUGCUACCAGAAAACUGCGGAGGGAACCCCAUCAGCGUGUCGGCGUCCGAUCAGCAUUCGUGCGUUGUGACCGAUACUGGUGAUCUGUUUACGUGGGGAACUUCUGGCGGAGAGGGCGGGGCUUUGGGACACGGAUCGAACCGCUGGCAACCACUUGCCAAGCGGGUGCCUAGCCUCAAAAAGGUAACAAGGGUAGCGGCUGCCCCCGACCACUCCGUGGUACUUCUGCAGGCAUCCUGCCCUUCCCUACCACACGGCGCCGCGUUUGCCACCUUGGAUGCUCUAUCUAACGAGCAUGAGGACGGUGGUCAAUCGCUGAUUGAAGAUGAAGGAGAAGACGCGGACUCCGACAUUGAUGACGGGGAUGACAAACGACAUGAUAGUUCUUCGCAUAGUGGAGGGCUUUUCACCACAAACCCUGCCGGAGGGUUUGAGCCGCUCACUCUCAAGCAGUGUUGCGAGGCAAAGUUGGCUCGGGAAGUGGACUUACACAACGCCGGGGCGAUGCUUGCCUACGCGGAUGCGCUGGAUGCUCCUGCGUUAUUGCUGUAUUGCGCGGAGUACGUAAAGCGGAAUCUCGAUGCUGUGCUGGUGCUUGGGUGCGCGAGCACAACCUCCUGCCUUUUGGAAGCAUCUGGGGAACUGGUGUCCUCUUUGCUGCGCGGUGCGCGAUCACGGGAACCAACAGCUCGAGCAUCUGCUAUGGCCGAGCUUUCUGUUGCUGAUGGCGCAGGGUUCGGCCUGCACAAGGAGGAGGGACUGGACCUCGAACUGCAAGCGACCGCUCUAGCGCGUGCGGACAUGCGGGCGAAAACCCCAUCCGCGAAGGUGGCUGCCCGAGCUGUGCGCUCUCUCAAGAAAAAAAUCGCUCGCGUAAAAGAAUGGGAACGCAUGAGAGAGAGAGGAAAGGACCUCUCAGCGGACCAGAUCUCGAAGGUGGACCAAGUGGGUCGCAUGGAAGCUGAGCUGACCUCGCUCGACUCUCAGCUGGAGAGGGCGAAGCUAGCGCAGGCGGCGCGAAGUAGCAGGCUGGAAGCCGGCAGCGCACGCGCAACGGAGGCCAGCCUAAAUAGCAAGACGCCGGAGGUGAAGCGAACUUUGUUCCGCGACGAGAGUGGUAUGGAUGGUCGUCACAACCCCGCCCUUGAUCCAGAUCUCGAUGCAACUUCGGCAAGCUCUUUGAAGACGGGUGAAUGGACACCCCAGCUGGACUUGUCUCACGACGAUACGAAGGCAACCGAGAAAAGAACGAUUAACUGCGAGGCGUGUUCGAUCAACUGCGCUAGCGCUGCCAUGUACGCCGACCAUCUGAGGGGGAGACGGCACAGAGCAACGACACUCCGGCUGGAGCAACAGCUCCACAAAGCGACGGAGGACUCGCAACCUGAACCCCAGGUUCCUCGUUCGUGGGCAAGCGUUCCCGCUGCGCAAGAUCUUAGUGCGGCAGCAGCUGCAGCCCCCGACGCCGCAGCGAACUGCGGCACACUUCCAACAAAUGCGAAGUUGCCACACAGGGGCGACGGGCGGCAGGCAUCUUGCCCCGAAGCCAAUCUAUCUCAAGCCCAUCAAGCUCGCCGUCCAUCCAACCAGCUGCCUCGUGGCAAGGAGCUUAGCACGAUGCGACAUGCCCUGGAAGGUCAGCAACGGGCUGCUACCAUGCUCAUGGGAUCUGCGGGCAAGGAAGAGGCGGCUACUGCAACGCAGGGGAUGAAAUUCUUGCGUAGUGCAGCGCGCGGAGACUCUCAGCGCCUGCAGUCGCAGCAGCAAGACGCCCCAACGACCACGGUAUACUCUCUCGUCGAUUUUAUGGCUCCUUCGAAUGGCAAGAAAUCUUCGCGGCGGACGCAGGCUUCAGAGCAGCCGAAGGCUGUUCAUGCGUGGAAGAGCGAGGCGGUGGGGCCAGUCGAACCGAACAGCCCCAGCAGCCCUGCAGAAGCAAAAGAAUUCGAGCCUUUGCGGACUCGAAAGAGCUUUCACGAAAUUCUCGAGGAGGAGGAGCGAGAGAAAUUAGAGCGAGAAGAGUACGGGAAAAAUGCUUGGUUCAUUCCGGGGAAGGGAAAGCCGCGGUCUACGUCGUUCGAGGGCAUUGUCCAACAGCAACGCCGGGAGGAAAUGGUGGCAGAGGAAGAAAGGUUGCGGCAGAUGGAGGAGGAGAUGUUGGGGUUGGCGCUCGAGAUGUCGAAGCAGGAGGCGCAACCUACCCGUGCCCAAUCACGCGGCAGCGGAAGCAGGAAGGGGCGAGAGGGCCGCGGUGGAAGGAAGCAGGAGUCCAGGGCACCGCGCAAGCGUCCUUCGGCGAGCGCUAAGGGUUCCCAACCACCCGGUGAUGUGGAAACAAGAGCUAGGGGUUCCCAACCACCCGGUGGGGUAGAAACAGACCCGCGUGGGCAGAGCCGAAAUGGUCGAAGCCGGCGUACGAAGCGGUCCCCUGCGGUGGAGAACCAAGCGGCCGAGCCGACAGUAGAGUCUUCCGGUUCGCGAUAGUUCGUAUUGUAGCCCCCCAUUGCUGGGUAUGCAGAAGCUUGGGGGCGAUAGUCCUCUGUACCACCAGAGUUUAGACAGAGACAACGAUAGGGGGGAGGGGGAGGGAAGGACAGAGUUAAGUGAAUGAGAGCCAAGAGAGAUGCAGAGAAUAAGCACGAGACGAAGGAGUAAGGAGAAACGGGGACACACACAAGGGCCUUGUUCUGUAUCGUUUUCGGAGGACCCUGUACAAUUUUGGAACCCAGUUUUAGGAACGGGAAAGCCCUCAAUCUCUGAGACAUGAUGCCUCCUUGGCGAUACUCGGGCCUAGUCACUACGGCAGUUAGUUGGGCGAAUCAAGUUGGCGUGAUCUUUACAGAUACCAUCCGGCGGGUGACUGUUGAGGGGUGUGGUGGGCCCGCCGUUCGUAGAAAUCCAGGGGUUGUUGAUGUCAUAAGGAUGAGAGUGGUCACGGUAAGCGCAUUUGGUGAUACGACACUGAAACUUGGGACUAUCUCGGUUGUUCAAUGUUUACAGUAGCUUCGCGUUCUUCCAACGUACACGGUAGACGAGUUCAUACGAAGAGCACUAUUAAUAUAUCCUUGGGAAGUAUGAGGAGGGUUUUCUGGCACAUUUCGCGUGCACGGCCCAUGUAUAUGUAUUGAGGGGUGCAAGUUGAUUGAUGGGAUGAAAAUGUCUUGUUCCAAGUGUCAGGAUUAGUCAAGGGUAAGAACCACGGAGGGACUUGUGUUGGCGGAAUAUUAGCGUUGUGUUGGGAAGUUGAUGUGUUGGGAUUCGAAUCCCGGCGAAAGUAGUUUUCUGUCACGCAAGACAAUACAGCCCUAGUUAGACUAGUAUCCGGUUGUGCGAUUAAUUCCGAGAGGGGCUGCUGGCAAACGGGAGUCAUGUAGCUCGGUGGAUUUCGUCUUUUUUUGUGGACGUGGGUUGGAACUGUUGAGAGGCAUCGUACACGAGUAGGUAGUUAGCACCUUGCUUUGCAUGCCUUGCGAUAUUGUGAAUUUUUACAUUGACGACGAACUACGAACGCGCAAUCAAUCGCGUUGGUUUCAUUUCCAGGCUGUGCUGCCUCUCCAGACGAAAUCGUCCUCCCCGUCGAGAAAAGGAAUCGAUUUGCUCUGUAUGUAUCGGAGCCUCCGGUAUAUGCCGGAGAAUGGCGUCCUAGAACGAGUUUUCGUCGGUAUGAAAAACGGAGACCGGUUCUAGAAACGUUUCGGCGAGACCAACCGCGAGACCAACCGAACGAAAUAAAACAUUUUUCAAGAUAAACGAUGCGGCGCAUCCUGUUUCACCGCAAACAUCGCCAACGCAAGCCUCGUUCUCCACGGUAAUCGACUCCGCUUGGUCGAAUAACACACAGAGGACACCACUCUCGAGUUCAUCAGACCUGAUCUCGUUCUAGGACGGCCGUCCCGGCUUGGGCCUGGCCGUGGCUUGUGGCAGCCUCAUGCAGGUAGACCGCACAAUCGAAAUCCGAGGGAAAGAGAGGGUAGUGAGACAGCAGCGAAAGAACAUCCGCGGGAUCUGCUAAUCAGCCAGCUGUUGAGAAAGGGUACCACCGAGGCAGCUGGAAAACCCGUGCAAUCUGUGGUUGCUGAUGAAGUUGAGCUCCUCGAAAAGGGUAGAGAGCAUGUUGGAGGCAUCCGAGAGAGAGCAUCGAAACGCGGGAAACGACAGCGCGCUGCUGCUGCUGCUGCUUCAUCUGCUGCGGCGAAUGAGGCGAAGCGCAAGGGGGCGGACGCAGCUCUCUCCGACCCU